UCCUUGAAAAAAAGAAAAAAGAAUGGUUAUUUGUCACAAAUUCAACUGCAUGGGCCAUGACAGAGAUUUGAGCCCAAUAUGGCCCCAAGCCCAUGAGCCAAUCCACUUCUGACAAAAAGUCCAUGGGCCAAGUCAAUAUAUCUAGGCUGGGCUUGAUCUGUCAACAGGGUCCGGCCCAAUUAACUUCAACAGGUACUAGUUUACAGCUGCUAGAAGUAACUUAUUACUCCACAUUGCAUGUUUCUUCAGUUUGCAGCAAGGGAGAUUCUCUGCCAAAUAAAAAGCACAACAUGUGCAUUUUGGAUUCAACGUCGAAGAGUUUCAGGAAUCUAUCAGAAAACAUGUAUUUGGUAGAAUCCAACGAAAAAUGUCAUCAACUUUGAAAGUUUUUCAUAAAUUGGGUAGAAGAGUUUGGAGGAGCAAAGGUGAUGAAGAAGAUGAUCUCCCUGAAGGAGUAUCAGGCCAUAAUCCAAAAGAUGAUCAAGCUGUUCAAAGUUUGCGCGAAUCAAUUCUUCAAGAUCAGGGCGAGCAGCCCUAUACAGAUUACCAUACUCUUUUACGGUUUCUGCACAUGAGAGAUUACGAUAUCUUAAAAGCCAAAGAUUCAUUUCUUAAGCAUCUUAGAUGGAGGGAAGAAUUUCAGGUUGACACCAUUGCUAAAGAGUUUAAGUUUGAAGAGUACAAGGAAGUUCAGAAGUUUUAUCCUCAUGGAUUUCAUGGUGUUGAUAGGAGUGGAAGACCAGUUUAUAUUGAGAGGAUGGGGUUGGUAGACCUUGAUGCCCUUCUGCAGAGAACCACUCUUGAAAGACUGGUAAAGCAUCAUGUUUUCGAGCAGGAGAAAACAGCGCGUUUAAGGUUCCCUGCAUGCACAAUUGCAGCAGGGAAGCGAAUUGCUUCAACCACGGCUAUAUUGGAUGUGAAGGGGAUAGGAACCUCUAGCUUUUCCAAGCAAGCAAGAUUUCUGUUUCUGGAGUUUCAGAAGAUUGACAGCAAUUACUACCCGGACACUCUGAACCGCCUUUAUAUUGUCAAUGCCGGAUCUGGUUUUCGUGUCCUGUGGAAAGCUUUGAGAACCUUUCUUGAUGCAUACACUGCUGCAAAGAUACAGGUUCUAGGGAGCAACUUCAGAAGUAAACUCGCUGAAGUUAUUGAUCCAAGCAACUUACCAAGUUGCCUUGGCGGAGAAUGCACAUGUCCGGACCAUGGUGGCUGUAUGUUAAGUGAUAAAGGACCGUGGAAUGAUCCAGAAAUCUUGCAAUUGCUUUAUUCUGGUAAAAUGAAUCCUAACAUAGGUGAGUUCCAUGGUAUGCCGACUGUUGAAGAUGCCUGGCUGAGUGCACAGAGCACACCAGAUGGUAAAAGUGGGCAAUUCAGGAAGGAAGGAGAUAGAACACACUUGUCAGAAACAAUUAAACAGCUGCAAGUUACAGCAAAAGAAGCAGAGAAGAGAUUUCAGGCCAUGGAAGUUGCAUUUAGAGAGACAAAACAAUUGUUGCAGAGAUGUUCAGAACAAAUAAAAGAUCUGCAGAUAAUGUUUGAAAAGUCUAACAUAAGCUGAAAUAAGAACUAACUCUUCUGCUAUUCUAUUAGCUAAUUUACUGAUGAUGAUGACUUUAGAAUUCAGUAUGUAAUAGCUGCCUGUAUAUACGCUGCAAAAACAGAUUCAAAAACUUUAGUCUUACUUGCUGUAUUCCUUGUAAUUUACCAUAAUAAUGGUCAGAUUUCGGCAUACACUACAUACAUAAUCCAUAAUUAGGAGUAUUAA